UUCAACGCCACUCUCGCGAGCGUUCAGUCGAUUUUCGUCGGCCGAGCUGAAAACGUUGUUCUUCUAACUUACACCCUUACGCUCUGUAGCAAACAAAAAACCAAUCAAUCAAUCAGUCAGUCAAUAACAACAACAACAACAACAAAGUUUAUUAAAACCAGCAGUCCGGGAAAAACAAAAAUCACGCAACAGUAUUUUCGCAGCCUGCCUCGUUCGCCUGUCUGUUUUUUUCCUGAACGCGCGUGGAAAAGAGGAAAAAGAAACAAAAACAAAUCCAGCCUUUCCGCCCUCUGUUUGACUCGCUCUGUCUCUCUCCCGCGCUUCCAUCUGACUGACCGCUUCCCGAAUUCCGAGUGCUCUAAGGUGCGGUCAGCGCAAAAGUGUACGACGACAACAAACGGUCUGCCAGUUAGUUAGUAGUGGAAAACAUUCCGCAGAUACCGAACUGCGCGGCCAGGAAAAGUGCACUCGAAGUAAAAUUACUGAACACAGCCUUGAGAGCUUAGCUGGAAAAGAGAUACACCUAGUGGUCUGGUGCUAGUUCCGUGACGCUGCUUCUGCUGCACGUGGGUUAAGUGUAAGGGUGGCCUGUCGCUUGCUGCGUCUCGUUCAAUUCAGAGCCCUGCGGGUGCUGGAAAAGCAGAUUUGAAGGUCGAGAAGUGUGGGGUAGUGUUGUGUGUGAAAUUUCCACAAGUGGAAAAAAGUGUGGUCUUACUUGUAACGAGUUCGUAGCUUGAAUGCGUGUGUUCCAGUAAACCAGUAAUUGUUUAUGGUCAUUAAAGUCGGAAAAAAGAACGCACCAGGUAGGGGUUCCUGAGGGGAUUUUACGCCGGAGAGUACACAAAUUCCAUCAAAAACAGGAACUACGAUUUGGCGAAGCGCAGUCAAAACCGAUCUCGGCACCAAAGCUUUCCAUCAGCGCAGCGUUCUUCCCAGCGGACAGGGGCGAAUCACGGAAGCACGUGAGCAGUUGGAGUAGAAGCAGAGUGCCGUGGGUGAAGAUUUGAAUCAGUGUACCGCUUCACUCCGGGAAGAUGAAACGUAAUUGAGUAUGUGUUCGGGGUGGUGGUUUGUGUGCAACGAGGAGUGAGCCGCUGCAGAAGUACAUUAGUGAAAUUGAAUGAUCAAAGAUUGAUUAUUUUUUAGUCGUUUAUGGGCAGUGUCUGGUGUUGAUUUUAAAGUUUUAAGAGUGGGGCUGCUAGGUGCUGUCAGAAUCGAUUUGAUUUGUGGUGGUUCGCGUGACUCGUAAUCGGGUCCUGGGUACAGACGGCGGUGGCGGUGACGACGACGACGACUGUGACUACGACGUCCAAGGUUUCGGGUGCUACUUCUCCGGCACGGUAGUGCAAGCUUAAAUCUCUGUGUAGGCCAACAUUUCCAGAACCAGAUAGUUGAAUGAGUAACAGUGCAAUGGUUGCAGUGGCAAUCUGCUGUAUUUUGGUACUGCUGGCAGUAUUCAUCGUGCUGAUAAUAGUGGUCGGACAGACGAUGGGCGAACCGAAGUGAGAUAAGCUCCAACUGGGGCCAGGUCACUUCGCCGAUGGAUAGCCACGGCCCCCCGGCUGUUAGAAUUCGGACAGAUUUUGUUCCACCUAGUGUUAACCGACAACGGCUGCCGGUGGUAGCUUUAUUAGGCGCUUUAUGGUCCACUUGCAACUAGAUCCGUCGAUCCGGGUACGAUCCCUGCUCGAUCGCAGCCGCAAAAAAUAGCGAUUAGCUGACAUCCUGAUCCUUGCCAAGUCCAACGAAUGAACCGGGCAUCAGCGAUAAGAUAGAAGAGAUUAUGUCCCUAGUGACGAUAGUCCUGCCAUCUGUGGAGAAACCUACGAAGCGGUGAAUAUUGUACGGAACUCCCCACAUUUUCCUCCUCCAGAGAACCAAUGUCUUCGCGAAACACGCAUACACACAUACACGAUAAACUGUAAAUAUCGCUAACAAUUCCUUAAAGUUUUCCUUCUCUUGGUAGCUACAGCGCAGAAUAUCAAAGCCAUGUACAUGUUAGCGGACCGACACUGGCAAGCUUCGCAGCACCGAAGUAGUUCUAAAUCCUGACCUAGCCUAAUCCGCUCUUCCUAUCAACCUAGAACCUUCAAUCUCUCGAUGACACACCGAUACAUGAAACAUACUCACGUUAGAGGACGCGACGACGACAAGAAACAGGUUGAAGCAAAAUCUCAACAACAACAACCGCAAAGCACUAUGGAACACAAAAAAAAACACUGGAAUAAAAUCUUUCUCCACAAUUCUACACAGUCAGAGAGGGGGCUUCGAUUUAGAGUACAUUAACGCACACAAACACAUUCACACUGACACCCAAAAAGUACACCACAAUGAAUUCAAACAAACCAAACAUUGGGUUAGUGAACUUUAGGAAUCCAUUCCGAUGCUAAAGUGAAAUUGCAUACAACAAAAAAUCUAUAGGAGCUAAACAUAUCGUGAAAAGCAAAAUAAAUUCGAAUUACAGUAGAAAAUUUAACAAAAACAAACAUAAAAACUAGAAUAAUGAUGAAAUUUUUUUCUUCUGCUCAGGAAAGAACACACGCGUGUCGACAAGCGAGCAUACAAACAAACGAAUGAAAAAAUAACAGUUAAAUUCGGGUGCGUAACAGCAUGAAGCGGAAAAUAAUAUGAAGCAGUGCGAACAAAAAACAACGCGAGCCGAGCGAAUACAGUUGAGUCAUUGAAGUUGACAUUCCAUUUUGAGUAGGCACUGGUUUCUUUUCUUCUAUGAGUUUGUUUGUUCCACAACUGUCUGGUCAGUCGCCCGAGAAAGCAGAUUUGCGAUGAUUUCGGAUGGUGGCUCAACAUCGAUACUUUCGGCGCUAGAAGCGGUGCCAGUUUUUUUAUUGAGAUUUUCGUUCAUACAAGUAUGUUGGUUUAUUUCCUUAAAAAAAUACUCAAUUCAAAAAAACGCGUAUAAUCUACUCGUUUGUGCAACGAGUGACUACACCAUCGAUCUCGACUUUGCGAGCAGGGAUGUAGAUGUGGUAGUCAGCGAACCGAUCGCAGCCAACGAUGUCUGAUUGGCCUGCCUUUAAGAGGAGCUCCUUCUGGAUUCGACGCAAAAUCAAGCAAUAUGUGGUAAUUUUUUGUGGAAAAACAUACGAACUUCUGCUUUCGAUCUUUCAUUCGUUUUUUAUCGAUAAUUAGAAAAUGAUUAUUUCUUUUCGAACUUCAAAACAACGGAUAUCAUCGGCCUCUGCGCGCGAAGCAUCGUUCUACUUUGUCAAGUGCGGGGCUUCUCGUAGUUAACUGAAAUGAAAAAUGAAUAUAAUUUAUUAAAAUAGAUAAAAUUUCCUAUAACUUGUAUCUAAUUUUAAUAAGUUUGAUGAAAAAAAACAAUUUUGUAGACGUUAAAGAAAAAAGUGAAAUUUGUCUCUUUUAUCUCGUUUAAAAAUUAUAAAUAAAUUAUUUUUGAUGCCAGUGUUAGGUAUAAGUCAGACAAAAAAGUAUAUACUACUUCCAAACAGUUUUUUUGAAUAAACGAAAUCAGAUCAACAGAACAAGACCUAUUCUUGACGCUAGCAGAAAAAAAAUUGUUUAAAGAAAAAUGCCGUUUUGAAUUUUCGAAAAAAAAUCAUUUUUACGAGUUUAUUUUUACGCGGAUUUUGCAAUUGCCGCGGAUUUUCCAAUUAACGCGGUUUUUGCAAAAAUAUUCCAAGUCCUUUUGAAUGUAAAGAACUUAGAAGAAUUUUGGCAUUUGUUUUAUUUUGCGCGGAUUUCGCAAUUAACACGGUUUUUGCAAAAAAUAUUCCGUCCUUUUGAAUGCAAAAGACUUAGAAGAUUUUCGGAAAGACGGGUCUGGAAGAUUCCGCACCUCAACAAUAUGGGUAUUUUCGGAAUGGACUUGACGAGUAGCUGCCAGAAAUAGAUUUUUGACGUCAUUUUGAAAUCAAAGAUGGCGACUUCCGAUUUAGUGAAAUUCGCUAUAACCCAAUUAAUAUGGGUAUUUUCGGAAUGGUUUUGACGAGUAGGUGCCAGAAAUUUAUGUUUGACACCAUUUGGCAAUCCAAGGUGGCGACUUCCGAUUUAGUGAGAUUCGCUAUAACCCAAUUAAUAUGGGUAUUUUCGGAAUGGUCUUUAAGAGUAGGAGACAAAGGUCGAUGUUUGACGCCAUUUCGAAUUCCAUGAUGGCGACUUCCGGGUUAGCCACAUUCGCUAUAACCCAGUCAAUAUGAGUGUUUUCGGAAUGAUCUUAAUCAGUAGGUUCCAAAAAUUGAUUUUUGACGCCAUUUUGAAAUUCAAGGUGGCGAUUUCCGACUUAGCGAAAUUCGCUAUAAUCCAAUCAAUAUGGGUAUUUUUGGAAGUUGAAGUUGUAAUACAAAUAUUUGAAUUAAACAGUUCAAUUUACUUGAAUUUAAGAAAUGUGUUUAAUUUGAAUCAAUUCAAACCCCCAACUCACACCACAUACAUCUCUUUCUUUACUCACUUCCAUUCUCACUGCACGCUUCUGGAUGAACACAUACAAAUAUUUUGCAUUUUGCUGGUUUAUGAUUAGAUCUAAUGUUCGAGGACGUUUUGCGUGAUUCCCCGGAUUUUUCAUGCGGAAAUUUCGGUGGACCGGAAAUACCCAUAUCGAUUGGGUUACAGCGAAAAAACCGGAAGUCGCCAUCUCGGGUUUCAAAAUACCGCCAAUAAUAAAUUUCUGGCACCUACCUGUCAAGACCAUUCCAACAAUACCCAUAUUGCAUGGGUUGUAGAAGUUUUGCGCUAAAUCUGAAGUCGCCUUCUUGGAUUUCAAAAUGGCGCCAAACAUAAAUUUCUGGUACCUAAUCGUCAAGACCAUUCCGAGAAUACCCAUAUUGCAGGGGUUGUUAAAAAUUUGCGCUAAACCAGAAGUCGUCAUCUUGGGUUUCAAAAUGGCGUCAAACAUAAAUUUCUAGCACCUACUCGUCAAGACCAUUCCGACAAUACCCAUAUUGCAUGUUGUAAAAAAUUUAACUAAACCAGAAGUAGCCAUCUUGGAUUUCAAAAAGGCGUCAAGCAUCAAUUUCUGGCACCUACUCUUCAAGACCAUUCCGAAAAUAUCCAUAUUGAUUGAGUUAUAACGAAUUUCGCUAAACCGGAGGUCGCCAUCUUUGAUUUCAAAAUGGCGUCAAAAAUCUGGCAGCUACUCUUCAAGACCAUUCCGAAAAUACCCAUAUUGUUGAGGUGCGGGCCAUAAGGAGUCCAGACCCGUCUCUUGCAUCUCUCCGAAAAUCUCUUUUGCUUUUGCCUUCAAAAGGACUUAGAAUAUUUUUGCAAAAACCGUGUUAAUUUCGAAAUCCGUGCAAAAAAACGUUUGCUGAGUUUUUUUACGAAAAUUUUCAAAUUAACGCGGAUUUUCGAAUUGACGUGUUUUUUUUUUGCGCGGAUUUUCCAAUUACCGCGGUUUUUUACGCGGAUUUUCCAAAUAACGCGGUUUUUUUCGCGGUACGUAUCCCCCGCGUAAAAAAAACCUGGGUGUAUUGGAAAGCUACUAAACCCCGCUUUUUCGGUUCUUUAAACAAGCAUGGCCUGACAAUCUUUGUGCAAUGCUUUGUGCAUGCAUACUUGCGAAUAGUACUGUUGAUGCAUGUCUUAUAUCCGCACUCACAAUUCGCGACAUUUGCGCUGUCACAAUUAAUAUGAUUAUUAAUAACAUACACAGGGCUUUAUUGAUCGAUAUCCCCCAUAAUUGGCAGUGAUGCAAAGAGCCCAAAACAUAACUUGGGGAGGUUCGGAUAUCAAUUUGAAAUGUCCUAAAUUAAUGAUAUACUAAAGCAGCACAAAUCUACAUAUAUUUAAUGUAGGCAAUCGACCAAUAGUUGAUCAAUCAGCCAGUGAAAGGAUGUGAGAUGCAACUCUUUGCUCCGACAGUAUUAUGCAUGCGUUAGCAAACUGGUUUGUUAUUAAUUAGCUCGAACGGCGGUUAUCUGAUCAUUUAAGUCCCGCUAGAUACAAUAGCAUAUCGUAAUCCCAAAUCCACGAGCUAGAAAAUCUACGAAAAGGGUUUAGCGAAUAGCUUAUGGUGAGUAUUCUCCAACGGUUGAGUCUGUAAGUGAUUUGGAUGAGGUUGUGGAUAAAAUAAAUUGUCUCGCAGUAGCAGCAUACCAAGAGGUUUGUCCGCUUCGAGUUAGGCGUACUUCUGAAGAACCCCUUGGUAGAACACUGAACUAGCUAGACUCAACAAUCUAACUAGAGAAGCUUAGAAUUUUAGACGCAGAAACUGACCAGUGGCGGCCAAGUUCUCCCAAGCAACAAUAAGACUUGAGAUAGUGCACUAUUGCAGAUAUUGGUGAUACAUUAGAACUUGCAUUUCCUAGCCUCUCUCAAUGGAAUCGAUCUCUACAUUUGCAGUAAAAAUGCAUAAAAGCAUUGGCAAAAUAUAGCAUUAGUGGCAGUUCUAUAUACGUGUAUAAAGCUGAUAUAACGCAAUCGUUAAACUAUGAUUUACAUACGCAUUAAAUGCUAUUAUAGAACAAAUAUAAAGCCAAUGUAAUGCUGUGGUAUUAUUCGUUACGCAUCUUUUCUUGAGUUAAAUAUGCGACCAUUUUAUUGCGUUCGAACAUACCCAAUAAAGCGUAGGCAGACACAAUGAAUUGCAAAGCAAGAUAGCGAUGUUCGAAACCCAAAAACUACUACCUCAUUCCGUUGCGGAACUUGACCUUUUACAUGGACAGGCUUUCCAACCAAUUUUUAGUGUACAGGACAUUUGCAGGGCUAGUGCUACGUUCCUACUGAUCACUAAAAAUCUUUCCCGGCUGGGAUUGGGCGAAUAUACGACGAGUGGUUUACCAUCUGCUUAGGCUUUUCGGGACUCACUAAAGGUAAUUUUGAAAAAAUCUUUUUCAUAUGAUGUAAAAACCAAAUUCCGCCGAGAUUGAAAAAUUUAUUUUAUAUCAUUAGAAGAGUGUCAAUUACACUUCUACACAUUAUUUAAUUUUCCUUCUGUUUUUGUUUAUCAUAAUAAUAGUGCGAGAAAUAACAACCAUUCGAAGCUGUUUAAGAGCAGGAGUAGUGCCGAUAACAGGCUCUCAAUUUGAACAGUUCUGCAUUGGUUCUUAGUAACAGCAAAAAUUAUGCAGGAAACGGGUUGUCAAUCUCUGCGCUUUUUCUGGCAUUAAAUUAGCAUUAAAUCAGCAUAUAAGGACUAACGACUUUUUCAAAUCUAAAUCAAAGCUAAGGCUACGUUAUAAUGCUUAUGGGUUACUUGCGCAGUUAAUGCAUGUAGCGAUGUGGAUGAAAACGAUCACGCAGUAGCGCUCUAGUGCAUAGACUUCUGAAAACGGGAAAUAAAACUAAAAGGGGCAGAAUUUGCCUACUCUUCGCUUCAAAAAAGGAAGAUGACAGACACAUAGGGUAGAUCGAGGCUUUCGAAUAUAUUCCCGAACUGGAACGAGUCCGAAGAAAAUCCAAGAAAUGAGACCUGGCGCCACAAUAUUCGGUGCACGCCCAAAUAACAUGCACGAUGAUGUGAUAACUAUUCUCGCAGGCGCAGAAAUCGCUGUCCGCAAAUCUAAUCAACUUGAGGUUUUUGGCGUCUAUGGAAGGGGUGAGAGCUUCUUCUUCUAAUUCAAAAUUCCAAGACCAAGAGCUAAUUGUUUCGAUUUUGAGCUCGAUCUAUUAUCUUUAGGUUGUCCCUUUAAAUAAUCCUUUUGGCCUUUUAGGGGGGAAACUGUCUUCCUCAUCCUGUAGCUUCUAGGCGCUGAAAAAGAUGUCCCAUCAUGGGGACACACUGUUCCUGACCCUGACUCAAUAGAACACAAGAGUUGGUCAUGGUCGGUGGCGUUGCUUUUGUUAGCCUUUCUGCAAGAGUGCUUAGAGCGUGCCGUAAGAGAAUUCUUCAGUUUCUCUUCACACUAUUUAUAAGCGGGACUUAUCGAGAGCUCAUGUGAACCCACAGCCGGGGGACGCUUUUCAGCAUUCCAUUGGUACAGUAUUGACACUCUGGCGAAGAGAGCGUAAUUAGGAUAAUUCCGCAUCACUCGAUUUGAUCGGACGUAGAUCUUUAUUCCGUCCUUGGUGACUGGUCCAAGACGCGAUCGCUUGCAACCCGAUAUCUCACAGGAACAGGAGGAUUUUGAAACAGUCUACCAGGGAACUGCUCCAGCAUUCCCAACAUAGUGAUGGGCAUUGUGACAAAUAAAUGCGAUGUUACCACAAUCGAUGUUGUCAAUCAUCGAACCAGGUACGGAUAUAUCGUAGUUGGUAAAUCGAUUGCUUUCUACGUAGCUCACUUGGGCUCGGUACCCAAAUUCGCACAUGGGGUUAAAUUUUCAACCCGAAAUAGAGAUGAAUGACCAUCAGGUUAAAACCUCUAUAAACGAAAUAAAAUAUCGAGAAAGAUCGGAUCAUUAAAAUCGAUUUUUUAGAUAAAACUUUGGAUUUUUAAAAAUUGCAAUCGAUAUCACCCAUUUCAAGCCGAACUCGAAUCGUUAACUACGCCAUUUAUCUUUACUUUAUGAGCGGAUACGUGAACACGGUAGUCCUACGCAGGAAUCCGGUCUCCAUCAACGCUAGCUUUAAGCUGGAAUCCAAAGGGCUGGGCUUAUGUGGGUGAACUUUUAAAAUGUCGGCCACAUCGUUUCGUCAGAUCCUGGUAGAUUUUAAAAAUCCAUUUUAUCAGUGAUUGAAUAUGCUCAAUUUAUUGGCGAUUAUCGGAUUUCGAACCAUGCUGAUGAUAGUAUCGAUACAUCCACAUGUGCAAAGCCUUAUCCAAAUCGACGAGGAUCGAGUCUAGUGGUUGAAGUACUGUAUACCAAUAUUAAAGUAGUCUAUUGUAUAUUUUACUGAAGUACUCUUUUCGAAACUGUUUUCAUGUAAAAUUAGUUGGUCGGUCAACUUUUCCUUAGCAGAUUUGUGAAUUUAUAAAAUUCUACAACAGAAACUGUAAAAACCGAUGUUAAUGCGGUCAUAAACAGUGAUGCCAGAUUUUUAAAUAAGGCUUGAAAAUUUAACUACAAUUUUUAUCUUGAUAUCUGUGAAUUGGUCACUUUUUAUAAUUAAUAUUUUGAACAAAAGUUGUUUGUUUGUUUUGAAUACUAUAAGUGGAGAUUUAUUUAUUUUUCGAAAUAUCAUUGCGAGAUCAGAUUACAACAAUUUCGCCGUUGUCAAACAUCGAACUGAAAAAGACCGGAAGAAUAAAAUCGAUUUUUCGAGGUGAAAAAACGAUUUAAAAUAAUCAUGUCAUUUCUAAAUUAAAUUUCCUAAGUAAAUUUUUGAAUGAUGAAUCGAUUUUAUCAGAUCGAUCAGAUUCAGUAAAAUCGAUGCUGUUCAAACAUCGAUCGGGAAAGAUCGGUUAAAAAAAACGAUUGUUUAAAGUAAAAUAAUCGAUUUUUUUUUGUAAAAAAUCGCAUCCACAUCGCCCAUUCCUCGGCUCCAACUCGAAUCGGUAACUACGCCAUUUAUCUCCACUUUGUGAGCUGGUACUCCUUCGCAACAUUAUCCAAAAAUUUUUCCCAUUUGGGGAAUUUGCAUAGUACUAGGCGUUUGGUUCUUAUACCAAAAGAUACCAGUUUCGGUUCACAUUCCUUGUCGGCAAAGAGAACUUCUGUGCUUUCUAUCGCGACAUCACUCGGUAUAAGCCAAUUGUUAAACGUUCACGCAAGACGUGUGACUUUUUGGAUUUUAGUGUCUAACUCGUCCCAAUUUGGUGCUGGUUUGGACUUAUCUAUAACUAGCAUUAAGUUAGUUUUAGUUACUGACGAGGAUUUUCUGACGAUUUUAUUGAGAAAUGGGUAAAUUACAGCAAUUCUGCAAAAUAAACUCUAAAACUAGUACUUUCAAUCCAUAAUAGCUAGAAACUGUUGCUGAAAUGAGUGUUACUACCUAUAUUUAUAGAUUCGAGUAUUUUUUGCUUCAUGUAAAAAUCUAUUUUUUAAUCAUUUAGCGAUAUGCAUUUGUCAACUUCAAUGACCCAACCGAAAGAAACUUUCAUCAUGGUAAGAGUACGGCAAUUUUGCCACCUAUCAAAUAUCAAUAUACAGUAUAUCAGUAGAUUAUUUCGGUUUUCACUGUGGACGGACAAUGAGUGUCAAUUUGUCGAGACGCGAAAGAAAACAAAACAUAAAAUAUGCACAUUGCGUGGUAGGAUUUUCUUUUUUCCUUUGUUGUGCUCGAGAAUAGCAAAUAUGUAUAGGAAACUAGAAGAUUGUGUUGUUUAUUGUCAAAUCCGGACAAUAGCGUCACAAGCGCUCCCCCAUACAUAUAUAGGUUAGGGUAGUCCGUGUCGAAUUAGCGCAGUUCUAAAGUGUUGUUAGAUCGGUGUGAUAUUUUUUGUGUUCUCUAUAUCAGCAGAAGAAAAUGAUGAUGUGCCAAAACAUUGCAAGUAAAAGCGAAUUGAAAAGGAUCAAUAACAUAAACAAAGCAAGCGUCUGGUUAUGGCAAUAUAUUUUAAAGGCAAACGGUUAAGGUACACUGAAAUAAACGUUAGUGUGGCCGUCGUCUCUGGUGCUGAUCUUGUCGUCAUCGGAAAAGUUUUAAGUCGUUAUCGUUUCUGAAAUGUCAAACAGGUAAGGGAACAGCCGGAAGCUCAGACAUCGAAACUAUUUUUCAACAGGCGAUGCCAGUGAGCAAAGCUCAUAUUUUGUACCGUCUUUCCAGCAAUGGCAGUGCGAACAAGAAGGCUAUAGAGUGCCAUUAUUACACACUGAAUCUAUGACGAACAUAAGCAGCUAUAAAAGAGAGGCUUAUUGGCUGAGAAGGCGCUGACUGGGGUGGGAUCGUGAGAGGAGCUUAAUUAAAAAUGAUACUUUCCAGCGUGUACCACAGAGUGAGACCGUAGACCAAGCAGCAUGGUUGGCUACGAUCCAAAGUGUUUUUUCCCCUGAGUAAAACACCAUUAUGGUUAAUUGCCUACCUCUGGGCGAAUGGCUUUACGGUUAAUUGCAUACGCACUGGCGAAAGAAGGGUAGUUCGAUCGGUGUUUUGGAUCAUUUAAUCGAAUAAGAAAUUGAACUCCAAUUCGACUGUAUUUUACCCCGAUUUACCCCAUAUAACGGUGUAGGUGGGUGAAAUACUAUGCGUUCGAGUAUCUGGGAUGGAGUAUCCACGUAAUAAGUCAAGCAGCGGGAGGCCUCUCAUUCAACCGACGUCAGUAUAUUAUGAAAUUAAAUCGAAAUAAUAAUUACUGCACUUCGGAAAGUGGAGCCACCGAAACAAAAAAAAAACGAAAUCGACGAGGAGGUGGUAGAGAAACGCCAUUUCGUCGGAGAUAAUGAUCUGGCUGAGGUCGAAGCCGGAUCGGAUUAGCAGCAAGGUGUGUCAAGUGGCAAACACCAAGGUAAAGGGCGCCCGAAUUUAUUUUUCGACGAGAUUAAAUUAACGGGAAUCUGGUGCAAGGUUGAUUGCUAGCUUAUAAUUAGAGCGUUGCUGAUAUCUUAAUUGGGGUUGAAAAAUUAACGUAAUGAAGUAUCUAUGGGUUGGGUUGAUGGAAGACGUAUUGUAUCUCUGUCCUUCAACCGUUUCGGUUGUAACAUUUUGUUGUCAAAAAAAAAAAGACUGAAUCCAGAAUAAAAAUUCCUAAACCAGCUUUGCGGAGCUCCUUUUUGUACUCAUCACAGCAGCCCGAGCUUGUUUAGAACACAGUAACCAUUGCUUCAGGAUUUAAUCCAACGUUAUUACGAUGCGGGAUUCCUUUCCGAACUAGGUCAACAACUCCGUCGCUAGCAGUGGAUGUAAAAUUAGAUCAAAGUCGAAAAGCUUCGCUUGCUCGUUCUGCUUGCGGAACCAUUCCACCGAGUAGACGAGCAUUUGAUUUAACCGUCAGCAUUACACUUGUAGGUAGCACUAGUGUGGAAUGAAUAGGAACAGAAAUACUUUUCCAUAAAUCGGUCAGCAGGAGUUCCCUUUAACAGCUUCGAACUAUUUCAAACCGAAAUUUACUGUUGUUUAAACAGAAACAAAGCAGACCCCCCAUAAGUGUCAAAAAACUUUUGACAGUACUUUUAUUUCUGUUAAACCGUGUUGACCGCAUCGGAGUAGCCUGGAAAAUAAAAAUCCGAAUUGUCAUAUCAAACUGACAGCAUUUUACUUUUACCCCAUUCUCGCACGACUGUCAGUUCGGGGAACCCCCGGAGCUAGAAAUGAGAUACAAUUUUAAAGCAGCCCCACCGGAUCCCGGAAUAAAAGGGAAGAAAAUCAACUGCCAGUCAGACUACUGCUUCUGCUACAUAGAACUAUGCGGUCACGUUAUCUCGGCAUCAGCAACAGCAACAGAACCCGUUUUGCAGUCUCACGUCCGACUCGACUGUCACUGAAUGGGUGGAAAAAGCACUCUCGAAAAUCAAAUCGUCUCCGUAACUCUGACGACAAAAACCGACGGAACUAUGCGAACCAAAAUCCCCGCCGGGAGUGGUGAGGAAAGAAAUUAUUCCCGGCAUGCGAAUGGUUUUUUUUUCCCCGGUUCCUCGGAAGUCAGCUUUUGUCGACCUCGUGCCAUCGCUGCCAUUGAUUGGGAACGAGAGAUUCUCGCACGUCAUGUGACACAGAGAGUGAGAUGUUGAGAAGUGAAUAGAGUUGGCCAUGUUCGGCAUGUGUUUGAAAACGGGCAUGGCCAACUCUGAUAUGGAAAAUUCAAUUUGACUAAACUGGCGAGUUUUUGCGAUUUUUCAAAUACACUGAACGAAAAGUUUCGGUUAAUUUAACAUGUUAGUAAAAAAUUUGGAACAGGACAAGUGACAAUGAGCAAUUUUUUGACUUUUUUUUUUCGAUUAUCGCCAUUGAAAAAAAAUUCAAAUUCCAAUGCAACAUGUUUAAAAGAAGAAAAUGUUUCAUCUAAAAAAACCAGUAUAUUUUUCGCUCAAAAUGGCUUCCGCUACCAACUCCAAAUAUUUGGCACUCGGUUUUAAUCACUUAAAAUAUCAGUUUUUCUUAUUUACGAGUUCUAGUUCCGCAAAUUUCAAUCAAUCUGACAACACUGCACUUUUUACCAGUACCCGCUCCGAACUCGUUUACCCAGCCGAACAACGCCAACUACGACGGCGACAGCCAUCAUCUUACAUCACUACGGCGGAAACAAACGCCGGUGCAGCUCUAAAAAAAGGGAAGAAAAAAAAAUGAUGAAACAUGAAUUCCAUUGUCAAAGCUCCGGGCCGUGCAUUACUGUCGUUUGGCUCACAAGAUAAUUCACUAUCUGAACGGUUUACAUUCUAUACAUCUCUUGCUCCCCCCCCCCUCCCGCUAUUCGUGCUGCAUUCCCUUUUGUCACAUUUCAAAGGAAACUGCUAUCGCAUGCACUUUUCCGUCUACAUAUAUCUCUAGCACGAAAAGCGGGAGCGUUUUUCUAUUUUGUUGUUCACUUCCGCCCAUUGUUACUCCUCGCGGCGGUGAUGUGUUCUUCCAUGCACCCCAGAUAAGCUGGACAAGGUCAAGGUAGCUCGCGGAUUAAAAUGAAUGAACAUGUCUGCUUGGCUGCCUGAGCUUAGGGUGGGGAAGAAUGACAGUCGCCUGUCUCUUCCGCUAGUCGAAGGUUUUCGACGAAUCUGCACUUUCAAAGCAGGCUAUUGUUUUUUAGUUCGUUUCAGAGAACAACAAUUAGAAGGAAGGAUUUUUAACAGGGUUGCCAUUUUUUUAUAUUAAAAAAAUGGUGUUUGCAUUUGAUUUAUGCAAAAGUAGACGGGAAAUAUUCCCCACUAAAACACUGCCCAAAACCAAUUACAGUGGGCUGCGAUUUUGAUUGUGAUAUUGAGUAUACGGUUCAGAUGAGAGAUCGUCAAAAUUUUAUACUCGCGUGGGAACGAGCGUUUACAUGUUCGCACAUGAGAACGCAUUUAUAGCUUCGAACAGGACUCACAUGUUCAGGUGUGUGUUGAUGAUCGCGAAAGAUGCAAGCGAUUGCAUGUUCACGUGUUUGAUCGAGGGGGCGUUUGUAUGUCGCAAGUGUAAAUGUGUAAAUUCGCUUAUAUAACAGGUUAUUUGAAUUUCCGAGUAAGUUGUUGAAUGCCCCCACGCGUCGCGAAUGUGAUAUUUAAUUUGUAAUGUACGAUUCAAAGGCUAGAAGAGAAUGAGUUUCUCCAUACCACUAGAAUUUCCAGCAAUGUACCCCUGAAACUUGUCUAGUGUUUAUGGGCGUUAUUAAGUUUUUUAGAACAGUCCUACUGAAGGCAUGAAACUAAGCUGCUAGUACCGAGAGCAAGGUCGCUUAAUCACAGGGGCGUUUUUUGUUUGCGAGAUCACGGGCGUAAGCUUGCGUAGAUGAUUGCAGUUGUAUAUUCACGUUUGUGACCAGUGUUGUAUUAUCACGCAAUGCCCGAGCGUUUGUAUGUUAAUGGAUUGUAUGGAGUUGAUUUGGAGAGGCUUGACAGUGAUUUUUUGGUCAUUGACGUUGUGAUGGUUCAUAACCCGAUCAAAAGCACAUACCAAAAAGUUUUCCGAACUAUACCUCGCGUUGAUUUUUGUUAUAAUUUUCUGUUAUUUUUACUACUAACGAGACCAGAUUUACAGCACAGCAUAGUACAACAAAAUUGUAUUUUGUUUUAAAUUUGUUAUUCCGAUCCGGAAGACAAGGGCGUCGUUUUCACUCAGUUCGAGAAUUUUAUGCCUCUUCUUGAAUAUCAGUAGAGUUUUUCAAUGUGUUCACUUGAUGUGUAUUGAAAGUACUCGGCACCAGAGUAACAAAUAUUCAAUCUUAUCGAAUGACAAUUGAUCAUAUUCGGCCGCAUUCAUUCAAUGCUGCUUGUCAUUCGAUUAUUGUACGAAGCGACCGUGCAAUAACGAAUCAAACGGAUCAGAGUAAGCCCUGCCACAAUGGAAACGAUUUGUUGUUUUGUAUGUGGAAAUGCACUUGGACCUCUAUUUUCAACGUUUGUUAAUGACGUACUCGGUGUAUUGGACUUUUUAACUAGUGCCAAAGGUUAUCUACUCUUAUGAAUUCUUGGAUACUUGAACUUGUGGUACUUUCGUGGACUCUUUACUGGGGGAUUCUUGCCAUUUGGGCUCUGGUCACUUGGACUCUAGACUUCUCGGACACUUGGACUCUUUAUUGGGGACUUGAACAUCUACUUUCAAGACGCUUGGACCCCUAGAAUUCCUGGUAAAUUGGGUUCCUUAACUCUUAGCUUCUUGAGCUCUUAGGCUUUUGACAUGUACCUGGUAAUUUGGAACUCUUGCUACUACUAAACUCCUGGCAUCUUGAACUCUAGAUUUCUGGACUUCACGAGCUUUUGUCUCCUCAGACUCGUCAUAAUUUUGGCUCAGUGUAAUUUUUGGCUUCUCGGACUCUUGGGAACCUCGAACAUUUGGUCUUUCGGACUCCGUUCCUCGGUCUCUUCGACCAUUAGGACUCCUGUACUCCUGGAAGAAUUCAAAAACCCCAGGAGCCCAGAGUCCACGAACUGAAGCGACCAAAAUUCCGAGAAACCAAAACUUCCAGAGCAACAGUGGCAAAAAGUCUAGAAGUUAGUAAAUCUAAGAACUUCCGGACUUUUCGACUUUUUGGUCUGAAAGUUUUGGUUUCUCGGACUUUUAGUCGCUUCAAUUCGUGGACUCUAGGCUGCUCUGAGCUUCUGAAUUCUUCUUGGAGCCUUGGCCACUUUUUAAUGUUGGAACAUUAGUUCUUUUAGACACCUAUUCGAAUGAAAUCUUGGAUCUUGGUCACUUGCCAGGUUCGCACUAUGAGACUCUUGGUCUGUUUCUAGGACGCCUGAAUUCUCGGACUCUUGGCUAUACGAACUUGUAGAAUCACACAAGGUUUCUAGGAUUCCGGAACUUUUUGACACUUAAGCUAGAGUUAGAGGCUCUUCAACUCUUCUUGGUAACUUCGUUUGAUUGUCAAACUCUUGGAAUCCUGAAACUCGUAGACUCAGACUCAAGGAAUUCCCGAACUUUCGGUCCCUCUGACUCAACUUCUCGCUCCCUUGGACUACUGUACUCUUUGACAAUUCGAAUGCUGGACUCUUUGGCUUGGAUUUGUAGAUUCAUGAGUUUGUGGACUGAGAGACUAUUCGUGGACUUGUAGAUUAUUGAAUUAAUGUCGCUUUUUGGCUCUUCGGACAUUUGGAGUCUAUGUCAGAUGUCAUCUUAGACUAUCAUCACCUUAUACGCCUAGUUACUAGUCAGGCUGCUGAAUUCAUCUUGGUAACUUAAGAGUUUCCUUUUGUGCUUUUGAAAAUUUGUUCUCUUUGUUAUCAACUCUCAACAGAUGAUGUAUAUUUAGAAUUAUGGACACAUGAUCUCAUGGCCUUGGAGCCUCAAGAUGGACUGUCGCUAUCCAAACUAUUCGGACUGCUCGGCUAUUCUUGCUAGCUUGGAUGUCAUUCCGAUGUUUAAUUUUGAAAGUACUGAAGUGAAGUGAAACAUUGUUCACAUUGGAGUGUCCAGCUAUGACGCACUGUACCUUGUCGCCUUGUGUACAUACACCAGUUUAGUAUUUUAGGGUUGGAGCUUCCGUACGAGUACGAUUCAUGAUCGUGCGUGAACGGGCUUUUGUAUGUUGGAGCUUGAAACAACGUUUUUAAAUUCGUAAGUAACAACAUGUUCCCUUAAUCGCCGUGACGUUUUUAUGAUUGCAAACAUGCGUGGAAGAUUGCACUUUCGACAGGGUUUGUGUUAUCGCGUAAAGUUCGAGCGUUUGUAUGUUAUUGUGUGCGUAUGUCGCGUAUGCUAGCGCGUUUGUGAUAUCGCUACUAAUGCAUGUGUAUCACCGUGGCGUCGUUUGCACAUUCUUUUGGGCUUUUGGGUGUUGCAGAGAAAACACAACCGAGCUGUCUAGUUGGUUUUAAGGUUAAAGUUAAGCGAUGCGAGAUGAAUGUUAACUUAGCAUCUAACAAGACGUCGAGGCCGCUAAACUUACCAGCUCUAUUGAGCCUUUCCCCACCAAUUUGGUAGUCGUAAAGUGUCCGAUUAAUUAUGGAAAGCGAUCAUUUAACAUUUCGAAAUAUUUGAGGCAGGUUCAUCUAAAGAAUAUAUCCGAAAGCUCUCGCGACAGUCAUCGAUAUAUUGGACUAUAAGGUACAGCUUCAAAUCAUCUGCGUUAACCGCGAAACAGUAUCAUUGAAGAAUAGCACAAACAACUACAAUUUCCUAAACAUCCAUCAAGGCGAUCUCAGCUUCCGCGGCAGAGGCUGAUUCUCAGCCAAAAACACAGAUUUGAAGAAUUUUGCAAAUAGCCCACACGAAUCCAUGGUCGGCGUUGAUUCUAGCUUGUCAAGACAACCAUCCGGUGGCAUAGAUGAACACUGUAGCUUUGAGUUCAACAAGUUCCAAGAAUUUUUUUUAAUUCGAAAAUAUUCACACUUUCACAAAAACUAAAUUGGCUUCAAAUUUGUCCCAUUUUUCUUCAAAGUGAAAUCAGAAAAUAUUUUAAAAUAAAGCAAACCUGCCAUAAACUUUUUCCCUACUGCGAUGAGACUCGUGCUUUGGCGAAUCUUGCAGUACGUCUCUAUUUAUAUUCAGUGGAAGAUAGAUGUGGUCGUUCCAAGGUAGUUUUCUGUGAGCAAAUAGUACAAAAGCUGUUUUGAACGCACUCCAACGGGUUACUUGGAGCAGCGUUGCAUGCCCAGUACAGCAUACUCCAAGAUUUAGUACACCUCCCCUAAUUUCUGUCUCUUUCUUCGUAUACGUUAAGUUUUCAUUUUACACCCGGCUUUGGCCCGUGUAUAAAUAAACUCUCCUUUAAAGACCUAGCAUAGUAAAAAGGAUGUCGAGCAAAAUUUGUCAUCAAAGACUACAACUUCUCGUUUAAAAUCAUACAUAUUGAAUUCGGUAGGACAAUAUUUGAGCUUUCGGAUCAAAGCUAAUCCGCUAAUUAUUCUAAGGGUUUUGAAAAAUGUCACCCUUGACAGGUAGCUUAAAAACUCGCCCAGAAAGAAUAUUGCUAAGGCAAGCAAAUUACGUGGCUGGCGACAAGCCUUUGGGGAUGGACUACCGCGUCUACAUACCCGCUCACAAAGUUAAGAUCGACGGUGCAGCCAUCGAUUGAAGUUUGUCAUAUGCGUAAAUCUACUGACGCUGGCGGUAGGCUGUUUCAAUUUGUUAUCCUAGAUAACAAAUAGCAGUGUGCUCAAUUAUUUUCCUGCGGCGCGGCAUUUAUUCUGCAUUCUUUUAAAUAUUGAUCGAAUUUUUAAGAAAUCUGUACCCAAACGUUUUUUUUUCGAAUAUAUUUCAAAUCAAAUAAAUUUUUUGCUCCGGCAUCGGAAGAGACAAUUUUUCCUUCUCCUAUUGGCUCAUCCGAGCCGGUUCUUCGCACAAUGCAACCUAAAUGGCUUAUGUACCUCUGUAAAUGUGCACCCAGUCGAAUGAAAAAAGAAAGGAAAAAAUAUUUUUCAGCUCCAUUCAAUUUAGCCAAAUAAAAAAAACGCGUCAAAAAUCGAACGCUAGUCUGCCACGCCAUAAAUCGCGUCCCCUUCUCGACCAGCACGUUUCUUCCGGUUUUUAUUUUUUUAACCCUGUUUGUUCGCUCAACUUUCCCGGUCCGUUUAGAGAACACACUAUAGCGUUUGGCCUCGAUUUUUUUUAUUGCUUCUUCCCUAUCUCCCUCGCGGCGCAUUCAGAGAAACACAAAAAAACGACGACGACGGACGAGAUUUUAUUCCCUUUCAUUCUAUAGCCCCCUCACACAGAGUGCGGUCGGCGGAAACGCGCCGUUUUUCCCAACGCGCUUUUCCAGUUAAAGUAGUUUGGCCUAGUUUUAGGCGCUCGAGCUGUCGGCUCCGAUUGUCUCUGUGUUGAGAUGGUCUGCACGAAUGAACCGCAGCUAUGUAGCGAGUUGAUGUGGGGGGGGGUGUCUUUUUCGUGGACUGACUUUUUCACUUUGAUGCGAAAUUAUAUGGUCGGUUACGGUUGGACUACGGUUUUUGGGGCUGUUAUACAGUUUUGCGUCAUUUUAUUAUGAAUUCGUCAAAAAAGGAUAAAUAAGUUUCACUUGAGUCAUGUUGCAAACGUGAACAAAUAAAUCUGAAUGGAAUUAUGAAAAGCGCAUAUCUUAAAAUUAAACUGAACCAAUCAUUCAAACUAACUGUAGUUGGGGAAAUAAUUAUUGUAAAAUUAUUGGUUUUUUUUCACAAAAAAUUCUUUUGCCCCAUCCUACCCAAGAGAUUAAACAAAACAGAAAACCAACUCUCAGCGGAUCAGGAUAGCCUUGAAUUUCCAACUUCGUGGACUCACGUCAAGUGUUCCGCUUCCGGAUAAAGCCGCCAGCAGUGUCGGUUGAGAUGGCACUUUUAUUCGGGAGAGAGGAAAAGAUCAAAAGCACAACAGACGACAGCCGGCUAGCACGGGUUCUACGCGGGUUAAAAUAAACAAUGGAAUGAGAGUGACGUGUUCUGGAGAAAAACUAGUGGCGGGAAAGGAAAGAGCUUUUAGCUGUACUUAAACAGUGGGUGUAACGCUGAAGAGAUGUGAAAUGAUAGUUAACGUUUUAGAAUUAUAUACGUUGUUUUCCAUAUACAAUAGACUCACACACACAUACACAUACGUACGCUGAUUCACAAAACCACUCGCAUACCACAAACAAACAAAUAAAUAAACAAACAACAAAACACAGAGAAAAUACAAUAAAUAUACUGUUGAAAAUAUUUACAUGUUUACAGAAAGAAUUUAAAACAAAAACAAAACCCAGAUGUGUUGUUAGAUAUUGAAUGCGAAAGCUUAAUGUUUAAUGAUAUUUUAACAACUGAACAACUGAAUCAAAGGAAGUUCUUCCGAUCCGGUCCGGUUGGGAGGAAUCCAAAUAAAAAAGAGGGAAUAAGUAAUCCGAAAAAAAUGACUGAAAACUUGAAACAGAAAACCUUAGGUGAAAAUAAAAACACGUUAUUUGUUAGCGAACAAAACCCUCAGAUUGAUGAUUGUAACAACAUACAUAUAUAAUAUACAGACAUUUAAUAGGCUAUAGUGUAUAUUGCAAACGUUUAGAUAAGUCGUUGAACAGAUUUUACAAUUAUCCCUGGGACAAAACAAAAAAAUCGAAAAUAAUGUAAAAGAAAAGUGUUUGCUCAACCCUAAAGAAACCCAGAAAAGAAAAAUUCGCAGCUAGUGUCAAUCCUGUACGGAAACCCGGUAUCCUGGUAGCGAUGUGUUCUUACUGAGCUAUGGAAUUUAAAUGUGACAGGACUAUAUAAAACUUUAUCAGAAACCAACCAACCAACCAACAACAAAAAUCUGUAUAUAACCCUAGGAUAAUCCGAGCUACGAUUAUUAGACAGAGAGGAAGAAUAACUCGACAGAGAGGAGGUUUGUGUGUACCAAAUGAUAUCCGGAUAUUUUGUUUUCGAGAAAAGAAAAAGGUAACGUUUUCCGUUAGUAAAAGUUCAAAUAUUACAAGGGAAAUAUCAGCGCUGAAAAAAAAUAAUAACGGCAACACUGGUACGCAAGGUAAUAUAAGAAGAGGCGUAUAACGAACGGAAGCUUGCUGUUGCGCAACUAGAAAAAUUAAGCUAAAUGGAUCUGUGUUUACAAUUUCUCAAAUAAUGUUGAUUUAAGAGUGGAAUUGCUAGGAUCAAAUAGCCAAUGGAAAAAUCAUCAUCAAUGCGUUUUUAAUCCGCCGGCAAUUCGCUUUCAAUCCGCCGGCAAUCCACGUUAAAUUUGGUUUGAACAAUUUUUGUGAAUGUUUCCUGCAUAGCAUAGCUUGGAAGCUUCUCCAACCAAAAAACAAGCAAAAAAUUCUCCGGACGCAGCAUCCAGUUACGAUUAAGGACAAGUCGGUCAAAUUAGCUGCCAUGGUACCGACAAUCACUUUUAAGUGAGGAGCAAAAAUUUGAAGUGUGGUCACGUGACAAAAUAUUCGUCUGAAAGAUUAAAAUUGAUUCGUUCGUUCGGUGAAAUUACUGCAAAUCCAUAUUGGUAGUGUCUUGCACAUAAUCCCCUUCAUUUCGCUUUUAAAUUAUUCUUACGAGUAUAGAAAAAUUUACAAAUCAUGUGACAGUCGCAUGUUUGGGUUUAAAACAAACUUAAAUCACCUGCAUAUUCCAUGUUUGGAAGAAUUCUCAACCACGUGGCAGCAUUAUUUCGCUUCAGCCGAGCUUGUGGAUGUUCGUAAAUAACUUGACAGAGUUGAUUUGCAUUUUUCGAGAUUAAAAAAAAUCACCAAUCACAUGAAAGGGUUUGAUUGCAUCUUCCGAAUCUAAAAACAAUCUCAUAUCACGUGACAGAUUAAAUUUGCAUCUUGCGCAUCUGAGGAAAUUUUCGAAUCAUGCGACAGAGUUGAAUUCCAUUAUUUGAGUCUAAAGAAAUCUCAAAUCACGUGACAAAAGUUGAUUCGCCUUUUCCGUGUCUGGAAAAAUCCUCAAAUCAUGUGAGUGUUAAAUUGCAUUAUUUGAACCUAAAAAAUU